AUGUCUAAUUGGAUCCAAAAAUCCUAUAAGGCCUCAAAACCGACAAGUUCGGCCCACUCGGUUCCUCCCAAUAUUCUAAGAAAAUCGAAACCCCAAACGGCAUACAUAACACUCUCCCAAACUACACUCUCCACACAAGCACUCACUCACUCACACACGGCGCCGUAUCGCUCACACCACGCCAAAACCAAACCCGCUCUUUCUCUCUCCGCCGUCAAAAACCCUCCCUCCGCGGCUCCACCGUACACCCUCGAUUCAAGCGGAAGACCAGGAGACCGACCAACUGCAGGAGGUGCUUGGUUGCAAAUGGCGACCCCCGCAAGCCCUGACGUCGCCGAUGGCCCCGUGAUGAGCCUAAUCAACAAGCGCCUCCGCGCCCUACGCAAGAAGCUGAACCGCAUCCUCGCCAUGGAAGAGUCCGUCUCCCAGGGCAAACCCUUGAACAAGGAGCAGGAAGAGGUUCUCCGCUCCAAACCCUCCGUUGUCGCCAUCAUCGACGAGUUCGAAAAGCUUCGCCAGCCCCUCGCCUCCGCGCUAACCGAGGAGCUCCACGGCGCUGCGCCGAACCCGCGGGGCGCUGAAACCCCAACCCAAACCCUAGCCGAGAGCUCCGGUUCCUUAGAGCGGCCGCACUCUGACGACGUCGUCGUGGAGGACCUCCUCAACCUGCUCUACUUCGGCUCGCUCUUCGAUGUCAAGAGCGACUUCGCCUCCACCAUGCUCACCCGGACGCACGAGCGCGGCUGCUGCUUGACCUACGACUACGUCACCGACGACGCCACCGAUCUGCUCGGCGAGAAGGACUUGGAUUCGAUCUCCGCCUUGCGCGGUCUGCUCGUCUCGCGGCCCGCCGAUUCCAGCUUCUCUCACAAGAACGCGCUGCACCGCUGCGUGGAACACGCCAAGCUUUGGCUCGCGAAGUCGGAGCAGCCCAUUGGGCCUGAUGCUGAUGUUACUUAUGUUGGAUUGCGGGAGAAGUUGAAUAAGAUUAUGUCUUCUGAGUACUUCACUACUACUCCUGAAAUGAAGGCUCCGGUUGAAGUUGCCGCGGCUGCUGCUGGGGGAAAUUAUGUUUCUUUCCAUGUGCCCGUGCAUGGGUCUGUGGUUCCGGUUGAAGUGGAACAGCCUGUUUUUCAGUCUCAUGAGAAGAAUGAAGUAACCUCAAAUUUUCAAGGACAUGGAUCUGAAGAUGAUCAGACUGAUCCUGAAAGAGAGCUUCAGAAGGAUGUAAUAGAAGCAGAAAAUGUAAAUGAAGUGGUGUCUGUUCAAACAGAACAGACCAACCCACAAGCCGAUACAGAGCUCAAUGACCGAGAUUUCGAGACAAAGGAGCAGCAGUCAUACCCUAAGAGGGGUUAUCAGAACCAUAGAGGUGGUCGUGGUGGAGGUGGUCGUAGGGGUUAUUCAAAUGGACGCGGAGGGCGAAAUGGUGGUAGAGGAGGCUAUCAAAACGGGCGCAACCCAUACUACGAUCAACCUGGAAAUUAUUAUCAAAGGAACUAUUAUAAUAGAGGUAGAGGUGGCAGAGGCGGUGGAUAUUACAACAACCAUGGUGCUGGUGGUCAAGUUAAUCAUGUGGCAGGUGAUGUGGGGGUGCAAUCAUGA